UGGAAAGCGCAGCGUGAACGCGCUUGCUCCAUUGAGCCGCAGCGACCGACCGAGCGAGCGAGCGAGCGGGCGAGCGCACACUCAUCAUGGCAUCCACUCCAUUGAUCCUAGUUUGUAUUUCUUCCUUCUUGUUGACUUCUGUAUUGUGCGAUGAAAACGGUACAAGCGAUCCAGCAGUGGAGCACGCCAAGCAUACGUACACGGUGGAAAUGUUCAACGAGGCAGUUCCAACCGCACCGCACUUUGUCAUGUUUUACGCCCCGUGGUGUGGCCAUUGUAAGAAACUGCAGCCGACGUGGAAUGAAUUGGCAGAGAAGUACAACAACAUGGAUGAGCCUCCGGCCUACGUGGUGAAAGUCGACUGUGUCCAGGACACCAAGUUCUGCUCCAAAGAGCACAACAUAAGAGGCUAUCCCUCACUGGUGUUGUACAAGCCCGAACAGAAACCUAUCAAGUACCAAGGACCGAGAACUCUAGAGCUUCUCGAGGAGUGGAUGUUGAAUACGCUGGAGAUGGACCCGGCUGAAGUAGAAGAUGCACAGGGGCAACCCGGAGUUCCCCCAGAGCCCAAAGAUGGCAUGUACGAACUUGCCGCCUCCAACUUUAAGGAUCACCUUUCGAAAGGUUUUCAUUUUGUCAAGUUCUACGCUCCAUGGUGUGGCCACUGCAAAGCCUUGGCUCCUACCUGGGAACAGAUGGCCUCCACCUUUGAGCAUUCCGAGGAGGUCAAAAUCGGAAAGCUGGACUGCACGCAACACCAUGAAACGUGUAUGAUGUUCAAAGUGCGGGGAUAUCCCACACUGCUCUUCUUCAAGGGAGGUGACAAGAUUGAGAUAACACCUUUCAAGGGAAAGAGAGACUAUGACACCCUCAAAAGCUUUGUGGACGAGAUGGUGAUCGCUGCCAAGGCCAAACUCGAAGAAGCUGAUGAAGACGAGGAGCCUGAGAAUGAGGAAGAAAACGGAGACGUAGAGGAGACAAAAGAGGUCAAAGAAGAAGUCAAGGAGGAGGUAGAAGUCAAGGAAGAGCCUAAAGCGGUAGAAGUCAAGGAAGAAGUGGCCGAGGAGGAGGAGAAGUCCAACGUCCUCAAGCUGACAGAAGACAACUUUGAGGAGACCAUCGCCAAAGGAUUCACUUUUGUCAAAUUCUUUGCUCCAUGGUGCGGCCACUGUAAACAUCUGGCUCCGGUGUGGGAGGAUCUUUCCACUCAGGACUUUCCUGCUCAGACCAACGUCAAGAUUGCCAAGGUGGAUUGCACGGCGGAGCGCACGCUCUGCAAUAAGUACUCUGUGCAAGGUUACCCCACCUUGAUCAUGUUCAGCGGCGGGACGCAGGGCGCCGAGUACAACGGCCCGCGGGACCUGGAAAAGCUGCACGACUUUGUGAAGAAGCAGGUGAGGGAUGAGCUGUAAGUGUCGGCGCCCAUCCCUCGGAGCAGCAGCAAGCUGUGUCCUGCACCGGCCAAACCUUCCGCUCCUUUUCCUGUAUUGACAGAACAAUUCUGAGUGGGUGGGUAUGCGAAUGUAGUUCUCAUUCUUGGGUGUUUGAAGCCACUUUUGGAAGUGUCUUAUUUCCUGACAUUGCCACUUUUUAAUACUUGGGAUCAGUUAUUCAAAUCAUCAUCAUCGGGUUAAAGUCCGCUUUCCAGGCGCCGCUGGGUUGGACUGGGUUCUUGGGAUCAGUUAUUCAAGUGCAAACCAUUAUUUGAUGUUGAGUGUUACCGCUGAGCCACACCAAUGCUUUUGUGACUUAACUCUCAGGGACAAAGCUUCGGGAGCUCCUCACAGGAGUCUGACAUAAGUAGAUACUAAUCAGCUCCUCCAUGGUGCCCCAUAAGAUCCAUUUUUUUUAAACCAGAAUCUAGUGUCUGCUCCUUCUGUUGAACCCGAAUGGUACUAGAAGGCUUUAUGGACCUGCAUAGAAUGACGAGCCACUAACGAUGUGGUUUUAAAAUAGCCUUAUUGUUUUUGUACUUGUCAAAGGAAGUGUUUUCUGUGGCCCAGUGGGGUCAAAGCACUGAAUUAGUUCCUAAAAACGCCAUCCAUAAAUAAAAGCACUCCACAUGCUGAAACCGUGUGUGUGUGUGUGAAUGAGAUGUGGCGCACAUGUUGCUCCUUGACACCACUUCAUGUGACAAAUGUAAAAGCAGGUAACACACAUAAAGCAGAUUUUGCCAGUAAAUCUUUAUGGAAAGCACAUGGUCUGAAGGAACUCCUCUUUUGUGUGUUAUGCAGUCAUGGCUUGCGCACUGCCCGUGGAUUUGUACAAAACUAGCCAUGGCAAGUUGUAACAGAAGAUUUCAUAAUAAAAGAAAUGUCAAAGUAAA